GCCGGCUGAUCACUGUCUUGCUUGUCGUCGUCUUGUCUGACAGUAUUGAACGAAAGGGGUAUCGAGUAUAACCUAGCAGAUUCUUAUCAUUUUUCGGUUAUUGUGAGUUAAAGGUUGAAAAGAUGGAUGGGAUAUCCACUUACAACAAUUUCUUAGCGUUACACAAACCCCAACUAGUGCUAUCUGGAGUACCUGAACAUUUUUGGCCAUCAGUAUGUAAGAAAAUCACUGACCAAAUAUUUGAUGCUGGUUUAACAUUUCAACUCGUACAAAUAGAUUAUGAAGGCACUGAAAAAAUGCCUUAUGAUCCUUUAUGGAGUGUGAUAGCCAUUCGGGAUAUAGAGUGCUCAGAUGCUAGCCAUAUAUACUUAAUUGACCAUGCAUGGACGUUCAAGGCGAAUAGUAUUAGAAAUAAUUUAAGAGUUGUGCCGGGGCUUUUGGAAAGAAUGUGCAGUAUGAUGCUUAUAUCGGCAAAUUCAACGGAGGAACAAAUCGAAGAGGUCUCUAAGGCUAUGUGGAAGUAUGCACAUACUUAUGCAAUUGGAGGGAGUGACUUUUCAAUUGAAGACAGGGUUCCAGUCUGGUAUGUUUUGGAUGAACUGGGUUCUGGUAUUACCCACUCUGAUACUCCCAAUUUUCGUGCAGUGCCUUUUAUAUAUGUGCCUGAGCAAUUAACUUAUACUUUACUUUUUCCAAUUAAGGAUAUAGAAGAAGGUGAUAUGGUUACAAGGAAUUUUGUGGAGGGUCAUUACUCUGAUCCCAUGCAGAAAGAAGCUAUGCUUAUUCCCUGGAAACACUAUGAUUACUUUGGGGAAGAUUUUGCCCAAGUGGAGCCAAGCUCAAAAUAUUUUCUGGAGGGUCACAUAGUGGAAACACUUCCAGAGCUAGAAUUGUUAAAAGAAAGAGAUACUCCUUCUAAGCUGAAAGUAUUCUCAGAGUACAGAUACAUAAAUGAAUAUUUGACAGCUCCUGAGUUUGAGAUAGUUGAUAAUGAAAAUGAUGCAGAUGUAUUGUGGUACUUGAAUCAUUUUAAAGAAUUUCAGGAUUUGAGUGUCCAAUCACCACACAAAUUCGUUAAUCAGUUCCCUUUUGAAUAUGUUAUGACAAUAAAGGAUCUGUUGGCAGUUAUUGCAAGAAGGACUUCUGAAAAAUAUUCUAAAGAUUGCAAUUCUCUAGAGACAUAUCCAGUUUGGUUGCCUACUACUUUUAAUAUGAAAACUGAAUUACCAAAACUUGUAGCUUAUUAUAUGCAAAGGAAAAAAGCUGGAUUAGAUAAUCACUGGAUCUGCAAGCCAUAUAAUCUAGCAAGAGGCCUAGACACCUACAUCAGUGAUAAUUUAGAUUUUCUUUGCAGGUUACCUCUGACAGGACCCAAAAUUGCUCAGAAAUACAUUGAUAAUCCUGUUCUUUUUGAAAGGCCAGAUGUAGGUCAGGUGAAAUUUGACAUACGCUAUGUUAUUCUUUUGAAUUCUGUUAAUCCAACAGAAGUUUAUGUGUACAACAACUUCUUCCUCAGGUUUGCUAAUAAACCAUUCUCUUUAGACAACUUUGAGGAAUAUGAAAAACACUUCACUGUUAUGAACUACAGUGAGAGUGCACCACUUUUUAAAUUGUUAUGUGCAGACUUCAAAGAGGCGUGGUCCAGGCAGUUUGCCAAUUAUGAUUGGGCAGAUGUUGAAAAAUCAAUAUUUGAGAUGAUUGCAGAGUUGUUCACUGCAGCUACGUCUAAGGCGCCUCCAUGUGGAAUAGCAAAGAGCCCACAAUCUAGGGCUCUGUAUGCUGCUGAUAUCAUGCUAAGUUGGAGAAACAAGGGUAGUGAAAAAGUCAUUCAGCCCAUAUUCUUAGAGAUGAAUUGGAUGCCAGACUGCCGGCGCGCGUGCGAGUACUACCCCGACUUCUAUAACGAUAUUUUCUCUGUCAUGUUCUUGAACAAAGAAGUUGACACAUGUACGAAAGUAAUGUAAGCUUUAAGCAAUAUUUACAAAUUCAGCUUUUUUACGCAUUUACUGUUUAUUAUAUUUACACAUUUGUUACUCACAUAAUAAAACUAUUAAAGCCUGA